AUGGCCAACCUGACGCCUACCACACCGAUUCGAUCGGAUGAGAGGCUUAAAACGAUUGACUGGGGCCUAAACGGCACCAUGAUGUCGCUGGAUCAACUUGGGACGUUCCUGCAAUUGGGUGUCUAUCAUUCGGGUCACGGCGUUGUCCUACUCUCCGCUCUCGAGCAGUUUGACGGUGACCGCUUCUACGAUACAACCUAUGUGCGAUCAUACCGGACCAGAAUCUUGAACUACGUCAAAGAAAACAAACCUGGAUUUGGAUUGCAAAUUCUCGGAAAAUCCGAGAAUGCGACAGUAACCACAAAAAGUCGGCGAGGACUUGAGCUGUUUUACGAUACACGAGAGGGAAUCCGCGUUCGGAGGACUAUUGCACGAGCGGCUGAUGGGACAGUCACCCAAACUACGGUACUCUCGACUACGGCCGCCAAACCCGUCACCGUUCCAGUUCAUUUUGGUCUGGGAAUGAGCCUCAAUCGUGCGUCUUAUGGUCAACUGACAGAGGGAGGACCGAUCCCAAUCCCAGAAUCACUCAAUCUAUUCCAAAUAGCGAAGGAUGGGAGCAGGUUCACGGCACGUAACCCGAAUUUAGGCGCAACGGUCGAAGGACACUUCAGCACUGACUGUAAGGAAUUCCUGGACAUGGAUUUUGAUGACUCAAAUCAAGUUUUCCGUCGCGGAUCUAUCGAGGCCAAGGCGACAACAUGCAUCAAAGUUUUGCCCGGCGUUCCAGUCACGCUGACACUGUCAUUUCUUCUCCGGGCUGAUAAUUCCUUCAAUCCGCCCGAGACUAUGCAAACUGGGAAGAAUACGAUUCACACACCUACUUGGAAGCUGCAGGACCCUGCGGCACUAAGUAUCAUCCACGGCAAUUUAGAAUACGUGUUAGGUAACUGUAUGAUCCCGAUAUCCGAGACCAGCACUUGUGUCAUCACAGAUCAUGUGGCUCUUCCACUGGGAUGGAACAGGGAUAAUUAG